GAGGCCGGGUGGGGUCCGCGGGCCGCGCCCGCAGCUCGCCCAGCGCUGCCCCUCGGUGCACGGUUCCCGCCCGCGCGGCCCCCCAAGCCUCUGCAGCCUCCAGCCAGCCGGCCCCACGGACACGCGCAAGGGCAAGGGGGCGGCCUCGCGGCGGCGGGACGGUCGUCGGAGGGCGCCCUUCACGUCCAAGCCGCCUCCCAAGGGCCCCACCAUGGCCCGGGGCGGCUCCAGUCAGCACUGGAGCUCCGGGGAGUCGGAAGGGCGGCAGGAGGAGCAGGCGGCCGAGGACUCGGGAGACAAGAUGGUGAAGGAGACCCAGUACUAUGACAUCCUGGGGGUGAAGCCCAGCGCCUCCCCGGAGGAGAUCAAGAAGGCCUAUCGCAAGCUGGCGCUCAAGUACCACCCGGACAAGAACCCGGAUGAGGGCGAGAAGUUUAAACUCAUAUCCCAAGCAUAUGAGGUGCUUUCCGAUCCAAAGAAAAGGGACAUUUAUGAUCAGGGCGGAGAGCAGGCCAUCAAAGAAGGCGGCUCGGGCAGCCCCAGCUUCUCAUCGCCCAUGGACAUAUUUGACAUGUUCUUCGGCGGCGGUGGACGGAUGGCCAGAGAGAGGAGAGGCAAGAAUGUCGUGCACCAGCUGUCCGUAACCCUUGAAGAUUUGUAUAAUGGAGUCACAAAGAAAUUGGCCCUCCAGAAAAAUGUAAUUUGUGAGAAAUGCGAAGGCGUCGGCGGGAAGAAGGGGUCGGUGGAGAAGUGCCCGCUGUGCAAGGGCCGGGGCAUGCAGAUCCACAUCCAGCAGAUCGGGCCGGGCAUGGUGCAGCAGAUCCAGACGGUCUGCAUCGAGUGCAAGGGCCAGGGCGAGCGCAUCAACCCCAAGGACCGCUGCGAGAGCUGCAGCGGCGCCAGGGUGACCCGCGAGAAGAAGAUCAUCGAGGUCCACGUGGAGAGAGGUAUGAAGGAUGGGCAAAAGAUUCUGUUUCAUGGCGAAGGCGACCAGGAGCCUGAGCUGGAGCCUGGCGAUGUCAUAAUUGUGCUUGAUCAGAAGGAUCAUAGUGUCUUUCAGAGGCGAGGCCACGACCUGAUCAUGAAAAUGAAAAUCCAGCUCUCUGAAGCUCUGUGUGGCUUCAAGAAGACGAUAAAGACGCUGGACGAUCGGACCCUGGUCAUUACGUCCAAGUCAGGUGAGGUGGUAAAGCACGGGGACCUGAAGUGCGUGCGUAACGAGGGCAUGCCAGUCUACAAGGCGCCCCUGGAGAAGGGAGCGCUCAUCAUCCAGUUCCUCGUGGUCUUUCCUGAGCGGCACUGGCUUUCCCUAGAGCAGCUGCCCCAGCUGGAGGCCUUGCUCCCGCCCCGGCAGAAGGUCAGGAUCACGGACGAGAUGGAGCAGGUGGAGCUGAAGGAGUUCAACCCCGGCGAGCAGAGCUGGCGCCAGCACCGGGAGGCCUACGACGAGGAGGACGACGGGCCCCGGGCCGGAGUGCAGUGCCAGACGGCCUGACGGGCGUGGCCGGCACGGCACGUGGUGACUGUAACGUUGGCACAAUGAAAAUGGCCUCGCUUUCACGGCCUCGUGUUUGGGGUGUCCUGUGUAUGUGUUCAGCAUCCUCAACUGCUGAGUGUCCUCUUGGGUGUUUUUUUGGUUGUAACUUAAGUUAUAGCUUAAUUUAUAUUUAAAUGUUUUAAGUGUCAAUCACCUCUAGUCUCCAUAUGCGAUCUGUUCAUUUACACCCUCAGGACCUACGCUUCCUGCGGCCGUGCCGACCGGUUCUGGCUCCGCCGGGGAAGCACAGCCGGGCCGUGGGGCCUGCGGCCCGGCCCAUCCCUGGCUCUGCGGCUCCCCCUCCCCCGCCCUGCCUCGGCUAGGACACCGGGAACCUCCAUUCUAGGGGACCCUGGGUGGGACUUGCUUCGCCGUGCCCGGUUCUCGCCCAACGGGCUCUGCCCCGGAGUCUCAGGCACCCUAGGGCCCUGGUUGGAAUGGCUUUGUCCGACCAUCUCCUGGCCGUUUGGGAACCUGCCAGGUCCUGCGGUCAGGACAGACCCGUGUUCCGAGUGGUGGCCCGCGCACGUGUUCUGUGUUUAAUGACUUUCUGUUGACAGCCUUUGCGAUGCUCUCCCACCCAAGUGCUUACUUGUAAAGAACACGAAUGUGCCCACACGCCCAGCACCCCGAGGGCAGCGGCAGAGGCCUGGGUACAGGCUGGCUUCAGCCCCACGGCACCGCCAGCCUCCUGACCGGUGUCCCGGGUGGCUGCGGGGUCUGGUGUUGUCACCUCUCCCCCAGACUCUCCCUCCCAAGGGAUCAUUGCCCAUUGCACAGCCGUCUCACCCGGGGCUUCCUGCACACUAGGCACUGCGCGCCCGGCCCGUCUCCGAGAGCUCGCUGGGGGACAGGAGUCUCUCCUCCGGGCGGGCAAGCGACAGCUUGAGUUGGGGCGACCUCAGCCUUAGCCAUUACUGCUCAGCUCUUUGCCUCACUCAUGAAGAGCUCACUGCCUUUGAGAGGCGGGACCACCUGUCAGGUCUGCCCUGGUCUCCUCCUGUGGCCCAGACCCUGGGGGGGUGGGGGUCAGAGGGCAGCUGAGAUGGGCAGGUGGGGCGAGCUGGCCGCAUGGACCGUGCUAGCAGUGGGCUGCCAUUUGCUGCAAGCACGGAGCCCACCUGUGCCCACGUGGACCCCAGUCAGCACAGACAGAACGCACUCCUCCAGCCGAGCCCAGGUGAACGCCCGCCCCCAGUGGACCACGGCUCCAGGCUGCCGUCUGUGCUGUGCCUUCCUUAAAUCGUUGCUAAAGAAUACUGUCCAGUUGGCGCUGGAGCCGUUACGUCCAGCUCCUUCCUGUCCCGAGCGGAACCUGGAGGGGUUGUGAUUGACUUAUUCCACCUGUGCACCUGUCACUUCCGAAUUAAAACGGAGCUGGAUGAGA